AUGACCUUUCAAGACGAUGCCAUUGCCCCGGCACUUGAUCCGCAGGCCGUGGAGUAUAUCAAAGAGAAGAGCCGUAAACGAACGCUCGGCAAUCUGCGACUUAUCGACCAAGAAACGAAUGCCGUGAUUUUGGUCCCCACGCCAUCCUCCGACCCUAACGAUCCGUUAAACUGGUCGACAUGGCGCAAGUACUAUGUCGCCGGCGUUCUCUGCCUGACUAUGGCAGUGUGCAACUUCCUGGCGGCUGGGCCAGCUAUUGCGGUGCCCGGCACGGCCAUGGAUUUCUAUCCAAAUGCUUUGGCUAAUGGCACACUAAUUACUUCAGCCAUUCCAAAGGUUGCGUACUUCUUCACUACUACGUCUCUGCUUCAAGGCAUGGGUAACAUCGUCUGGGUGCCUGCUGCCAACAAAUGGGGCCGCCGGCCAGUCUAUAUCUUGAGCUACAUAAUCUACCUUGCCAUGGCUAUAUGGCUUAUCUUUGAAAAGUCCUAUACCCGGUUUCUGGUAGGGAGAAUUCUCAUGGGUUUUGGUUCUGGUGCGGCAGAGACGCUGGCGCCCAUCUCCAUUGCUGACAUCUUCUUUCUGCACGAAAGAGGCAGGGUCAUGUCUGCGUAUACCUGCUUUCUAUCUGUGGGAGCAGCUGGAGGUCUGGUAAUAUCUGGUUUGAUUACAAUAGACCAUACUUGGCGAGCCAUCUAUCAAGUCGGCACCGCUUUGGUUGGCUUUGUCCUUCUUCUUCUUAUUUUCACUGUACCUGAAACCAGCUAUUCGCGGACAGAUCACCAUGACUCGCCCUCUUCAGACGCGUCAGAUGAGAAACAAACAUCGACUGUACGCGAAGAGACACAGGCUUCUACGAAGAAAAUGAGCUACAUUGAGUCACUUUUGAAGUUCAAGGCUGUUGGUACGAACGAAAACAUCUUCAAAAUGAUGAUUCGCCCUUUUGGCUUGAUUAUCCUUCCGCCAGUGUUAUGGGCUGCUCUCUCUCUGGCAGUAACUAUUGGGUUCCUAGUGGCGGUUACAUCUAACUCGGCUGCAGCUUUCAACCAGACAUAUGGCUUUGCUUCUUACCAGGUUGGGCUCUGCUAUAUCGCCGCCAUCAUCGGCUCUCUCUUCGGACUGCCAGCGGGUGGCCACCUCGGGGACAAGGUUGCCGAAAUCUUGACAAAACGAAACAAUGGUAUUCGAGAACCUGAAAUGCGACUACCAGCAGUGAUGGUGUCUGCAAUCACCGCGCCACUUGCCCUGAUUCUCUAUGGUGUGGGUAUCCAGCACCAACUUCACUGGAUAUGUCCAACCAUAGGACUCGGCCUCCUCAACUUCUCUAUCACGCAGUCCAGUACGAUUUGCAUAGUUUAUGUCAUUGAUUCUUACCGCCCAGUUGCAGGUGAGAUCACGUUGGCAGUCACUGGAUUCAAGGCCCUGUUCGCCUUCUUUCUCUCAUUUGAAACAAAUCCCUGGGUCGACCUCUCUGGUUAUCAGGACGCAUUCGGAGCCAUGGCGGGAAUUGCGGGGGGAAUCCUCCUUAUGUGGAUCCCCUUGUAUUUCUGGGGAAAGCAAAUUCGGCAUCACUCGUGGCAAUGGAGGGCCAUUUCAUUUAUACACUGGAAUAACGACCGUGAAGUGGGGGAGUAA